AUGCAGGACAUAUAAGGCGAUGUUUGGAAGGAGGUUGGAGGGGAUGAGUAAGGGAAAUAAAGGGGGGGAUUUAAUGUGCGGAGUGAAGUGAGGGAGUGUUGAGAGUGAUGUAAAAUUAUAAAAAUGAGAUAGAUUUCUGUAAUUUUAAUAGUAAAAGAAAUUGGGACAGAAUUGCGCCAAAAAUAAGUAGUGCGGGAAUAUUUAUAUUUGGGAUGGAUUGAAUAUUAAUCGAUAUUAAUAAAGUAAUUAAAAAGGGAUGAGUAGAAGACCAAGAAGAGCUUAGUAGGAGGAGGAAAAAAAAAGAGGUUCAGAUGAGGAGGCUUUAGAGGAACAGGUGGGAGUACAAUCUUCAGAGGGAACUCCAGCCGAGGAAGAUUCAGGGGAGGAAUUGAUUAAUGAUAACAUGAUGAACGACUACAAGCCGAUACCUGAAUUGGACAGAUAUGAGUCAGAUGGAAUUGAUGAUGAGGAGGUCCAAGGAGAGAUGGAUUACGAGUAACGUAGAAGAGCAGAGGAAGAGAUUCAGAGGAGGAGGAGAAUAAAUAUGGAUGACAGGCGAAUUCCUAGAGCUAUUUAGAAUUUGAGUGAUUCUGAAGACGAGGCUUUGGAUUAGUUUGGUGAACGAGUUUACAUAGAGGAUCCUUUUGAGGAGGAAGACACAGAUGUUGUCGAGGAGGAGCGAUAUUUGAACAUUGAAGAAUGCAGAGGUAAAUUGAACGAGUGGAUUAAGGAUGACAGAACAAGUAUUGAAUGUAUAUAUGUUAGAGGCUUGGAUUAAGCGAGCUUUUAGAAAGAUUUUGAAUGAGUGCAAGAGGGGAUCUGACUAAGAACCCAUUUACAUCCAAUUGAUUAAGGAAAUGUGUAAGGCCAAUAAGCAAUCACUUGAGGUGUUGUAUCCUGAUUUGGUGAGUGCAAAUGCUACGAUUGCCUUGUGGGUCGCAGAAGAACCUAAGAUUAUUUUGCCCCAUUUGAAUGAAGCUGCAAGAAUUGAAGUCAACAAGCGAUUCAAUCAUUACCAUAACAUUCAUCAAGAGAUCUUUGUGCGAAUUACCAAUCUCCCUGUGGUGGAUAUUAUCAGAGAUCUCAGAUAUAAACAUUUGGAUAAAUUUAUCCGUGUGAUUGGAGUUGUUACUCGGAGAAGUGCAGUCUACUCUUAAUUGAAGGAAAUCACAUAUGUUUGUGUUAAAUGUGGUAUGAAGAAGGGACCAUUCUAUUUGGAAAACAAUGAUAGCAUCCAAUUGGGAGUAUGCAUUCAAUGUCAAAGCAGUGGACCUUUUGAAAAGUUAUACAAUCAAUUGGUGUAUAGAAACUUUUAAAGAUUGACUCUCCAAGAGUCUCCAGGACAAGUGCCAGCAGGGAGAGUGCCCAGACAAAAAGAAGUCAUAGUCUUGGGAGAUCAAAUCGAUAUUGCAAGACCUGGUGAUGAAAUCGAAGUCACUGGAGUUUACACCUAAAGAUACGAUUAUGCUCUUAAUGUAAAGCAUGGAUUCCCACUCUAUUCCACAAUCAUUGAAAGCAACUACAUAAGGAGAAAGGAUGAGAGUGAGUCUUUGAAUAUUGAUAAGAAAAUUAAGGAUGAGAUCCUGAAGUUGUCACAAAAUCCUAAGAUUGAUAAAUUAAUAUACAACUCAGUGGCUCCAUCUAUUUAUGGCCAUCAACAUGUCAAAAUGGCUAUUGCUUUGGCUAUGUUUGGAGGAGAAGCCAAAGACAUACAAGGAAAACACAGAAUCAGAGGAGACAUCAACGUUUUGGUAUUGGGAGAUCCUGGUACUGCCAAAUCCUAAUUCUUGAAGAAUGUACAAAAGACAUUCUAUAGAUCAAUAUACACAACAGGCAAAGGUGCCUCUGCCGUUGGUCUGACUGCUUCAGUCUAAAGAGAUUAUUCGACGAAUGAAUGGAGCAUUUCAGGAGGAGCAUUGGUCUUGGCUGACAAAGGGAUCUGUCUGAUUGAUGAGUUUGAUAAAAUGAAUGAACACGAUAGAACAUCCAUUCAUGAAGCCAUGGAACAAUAAAGUAUCUCCAUCUCUAAAGCUGGUAUCGUCACUACUCUCCAAGCCAGAUGUAGUGUUAUUGCAGCAGCAAAUCCAGUGGGUGGAAAGUAUGAUUCUUAGUAAUCUUUUCAUGAUAAUGUUGAUCUAACUGAUCCAAUCUUGAGUAGAUUUGACAUUCUUUGUGUGGUCAAAGAUGAAGUAAUCAAAGAGGCAGAUGAUAGAUUAGCAUCCUUUGUGAUCAAUAGUCACAUCAGACAUCAUCCUAUGGCUGCGUACGAGUUGAACAAUGAUCCCGAUUCUGAAUGGAGUCAAUAAAUCAAAGGAUAUUUUGUUAAGGAGAACAAGCAGACUCAAGAGGAAGUUAUCCCCUUAGAAUUACUUAAAAAAUACAUUUUGUAUGCUCGUACACACAUUAGACCUAAGUUGUAGAAUGUCGAUCAUGAAAAAAUAUCCAAGUUCUAUUAUCUUUUGAGAAAGGAAUCCGAAGUAUGUGGUGGUAUUAACAUUGCCAUCAGACACUUAGAAAGUAUCAUCAGAAUGGCUGAAGGUAAAUUAUUAUUCAAUAUCCAAUAGCUCAUGCUAGGAUGCAUUUAAGAAAUAAUGUCAUGGACUUCGAUAUCUCAGUUGCUAUCAAAGUAAUGUUGGAGAGUUUCCUCCAAUCCCAGAAAUACUCUGUUGCCAGAUAAUUACGACGCAAGUUUAGCGAUUAUUUGACAUUUAAUGAAGAUUCCUUCGAUCUUUUGUUAAACAUGUUAAAUAAAUUGUAUAGAUAGUAGGUAUGUCUUUUGUUUUUAUUCAUCAUAGAAAGACUAUUACUAAAAUAUCAAAAAUUAUAAUGGCGACAUCAGAGUUCCAAUAUAAGUAUUGGAAAAAGAAGCUAAAACCAACGGAGUUUACUUUAAUUCAGAUUUCUACGAUUCUACAAAAUUUUUGGAAGUAUAUAAAAGAAUUCAAGACUACAUUACCUUAAAAUGA